AUGUCCACUUCUGUAUUCCUCACAGGCAGCACCGGCCUCAUUGGUGCUUCGGUCUUGCAAGUCAUUGCCAAGAACCCCAAAUACGUCGUCACGGUCCUCGUUCGCUCUGAGCAGAAGGCGGUCAAGAUAGCCGAGCUUCUUCCUGGCGUCAAGACUGUCGUCGGCUCGCUUGACGAUGCUGCGCUGCUCACCGAAACAGCCGCCAACUCCGAUGUUGUGCUGCAAAUCGCCGCCUUCCACGUCCCGGGUACCACUGCCCUACUUGCAGGCGCGAAGAAGCGCUUCGAGGCGACUGGUAAGGCGCCGAUCUUCAUCAACACCUCCGGCACGGGCAUCUGGGCCGACCUCGGAGCCAACGGCGCUGCUCCCUCGCGCAAAGUGACGAAAGACACCGACAGCGACCUCGUCCAGACGUUCAUUGAAUUGCCCCAUACACCCCCCACCAUGGUCGGCCUCGAGGCUGCAGCGGCCGGAUACGUCAAGGUUUUCACGGUUUACCCAUCGACUGUUUGGGGCGAGCCGAGUGGUCCGUUGUUCGAUAGCGGCGUGGCGCAUGUUGGCUCGAUCCAGGUUCCGAUGUUGAUCAAGGAGUCGAUCGGUCGUGGCCAGGGUGGUGUUGUAGGCGAGGGCCUCAAUGUCUGGAACCACGUUCACAUCGAUGACACGACCGACUUUUAUAUCUACACCGAGAUCCUCCACGCUAAGGGCAAGUCCGCGUCGUCGGUGCCAACCCAGUUCAAGCAGGAGGAGUUCGCCGCCAACUCCUUCCUCUUCUUCUUCGGCACGAACUCGACGACUGAGGCCCCUCGCUCGCGUUCGAUUGGUUGGGCCCCUAAGUACACUACUGAUGACUUCUACCCUGCUGUGCCGAAGGAGGUAGACGCCGUCCUCGCGGGCAAGCGUUAG